CGUUAACUAAAAUUACAAUUCUUUUGUAUUUUCACGGUUAAAUCGGUUAAAAUUCUGGAUUAUCGAAAAAUAUAACCGUUAUCACACAAUCCCUACGAACUAUAUAUAUCAUCUAUUUGCAAUAUUAAUUCAACAAAGAAAUAAAAGAACCGUUGGAAGAUCUUUGAAUCCACCACAUUCAAGCAAAAAAAAAUCUGAUUCAUGUCGAGAGAGAGAAUCAAACGAGAACUAUCGUCGGUUCAAGAGAUUAAGAUAGAUCCUUAUGGGUUUUCGUUUUCACCUGCAACAAGGAAAGUGGUAGAGGAAGGCAAUUACUAUGGAGCGUUGCAGAUGUACAACUACAAAUCAAUCAGAGUGCAAGGCGGUUGUACUUCAUUUGAAUUUGGAAUACACACGAAAGCUUUAGAGCAUUUCAGGGAGUACACGGAUCCAGAUAAGAGCUUGCUGAAGGAGCUGGAAUAUCUCCAAGUGAAUUGUGGAGCGGACCUUGCUCUUUUAUUCGUGGACACACUAGUUAAAGCCAAGUCACCUAGCAACUCUUGGUUAGUCCAGACCGUUCCUGUACCGCCUCAUUUGGGAGAUGUGAGCGACGAUGAAGAUCUCCAAAAUCUCCAAGAACCUCUUGGGGAAGCUAGAUCACGGGUAGAAAACUUGACUUCGUUCUUGAGAGUUGCUAUAAAAGUAAGUUACGUAGUACUGGAUAUCCUGAGUUUGCAUGCUACUUCGCAGUGUUAUCCUGGUGAAGAUGACCUUGCGAUUGCACGAUCAGUUCUCAUGUACUUAUCUAUGGGUAACAUGAAACCUGCAAAUUUUAUGAUGGAUGAGAUUAAGAGACAAAAACUCCCGAACUUUCAGAAUUAGACCUUAUCCAAUUUAUCUCAUAUCUUCUGGAAACGUUGCAAAGGAGGGAUGCAUUGCCUCUUCUCUUCAAUAUGUUUGAGAGUAAAAUUUAAGUCCUGCAUAGAUAGAGAACCAUUGCUUAGCGAGCGCCUUAGCGAAUAUUGGAGGAAAUCGAGAUAGAUCAUAUCUAAAACACCACACCACAUAACUCGGAAAUAAAGGUUAAAACUUUCUCCAUAAAAUGUGAAACUCAGGAAGGAAGAGAUGGUGAGAGAAGAUUUUUUUUAAACGAUAUGUUUUCUAUUAUCUUUUUUUGUAUUUAUUCAUAUUAAAUUUUGAAUUAAUUUAAAAUCGAUUAAAUUUAUAUUAGUUGUGAAACUAACCGGACAUGAUAUCCAGCCAUUUGAAUUCAUUUGGUCGUUAGAGAUUGCCUAUGUCCAAUUUGUUUCCACAACUAAUAUAGAUCAAUCAUUUUUUAUUAAAAAAAAAAACAAUAAUAAUAAGAAACUUGUUAAACAUUUCUCAACAAUCACAUCAAACACAAAAAGAAAAUUUACCUUGUAAUUAUAUUUAUUUUAUUUGGUUUUUUUAGGUUUUAAUUUUUGUGUGUAAUUAUUUGUGUUUUUAUAUUCGAAUUCAAAAUUUAAUGCAAUAAUUUGACACUAAUUUAACAAAUACACC